CACUAAUCAGCCAGGCUAGUGUCCUGGGCACACACAGAUACACUCACAGCACCCACACACAGACACCGGGGCCACUCAAACAGCAACCAACAUGGCCAGUAAGAAAGCAGCAGCCAAGAGAGGCAAGACUGCUCAGAGAGGCUCUUCCAACGUGUUCUCCAUGUUUGAGCAGUCCCAGAUACAGGAGUUCAAGGAGGCCUUUGGUUGCAUUGAUCAGGAUCGAGAUGGUGUCAUUAAAAAACAGGACUUGAAGGAAACCUAUUCACAACUGGGGAAGCUGAAUGUACCAGAUGAGGAAUUGGAGGCCAUGUUGGCAGAGGGAAAAGGCCCUAUCAACUUCACCGUGUUCCUCACUCUCUUUGGAGAGAAACUUAAUGGAACGGACCCAGAGGAGACCAUUCUCAAUGCCUUCAAACUGUUUGACCCCAAUGGGACAGGAUUUGUCAACAAGGAAGAGUUCAAAAGGCUUCUUAUGAAUCAAGCAGACAAAUUCAACACAGAGGAAGUGGAACAAGCUUUCUCUGUGGCACCAAUUGAUGUGAGCGGCAACAUUGACUACAAGUCCCUUUGUUACAUCAUCACGCAUGGUGACGAGAAGGAGGAGUCGUAAUAAGUCUGUCAGUCUUCAGAUUAAUCUGUGUGAAAACCUCAAGGGUCCCCUGUUCCACAACUUUGUAGGUGUACUGUAAGACAUGUUUUGAGGCUUAGUGUCCAAUGUCUGUCUGAUUUUAUGGUGAAAAUGUUUCGAUAUAUAUUUCUGAGAUACAUGUUACAUCCCAUUCAUUGAAUACAUCCAAAGCAUUUGCAAUAUUACUAAA